CGCCGCAUUGGCUGGCGCGCGCAUCGCGAUGGUGCCCAACGGGCUCCUGCCCAACGCAUCCGCGGGGGUCACCAGGCGCCUCGACCCCGACCGCUGGGCCGUCGCCGAGGCCCGGACCGCCCACCUCAUCGCAUGCGUACAGCCCAACGCCUCCUCCGAGGCACGGAGGCUCGCCGUCUACAACUACGUGCAGCGACUCAUCAUGAACUGCCUCUCCUGCCAGGUUUUCACUUUUGGAUCAGUCCCUCUCAAGACUUACUUACCGGACGGUGACAUUGAUGUCACUGCUUUCAGUAAUAGCGAUGAAUUAAAGGAUACCUGGGCAAAUCUUGUUCGGGAUGCUUUGGAGCAUGAAGAGAAAAAUGAAAACGCUGAAUUCUGUGUGAAAGAAGUUCAAUAUAUUCAGGCGGAGGUAAAGCUUAUCAAGUGUCUCGUGGACAACAUUGUUGUUGAUAUCUCAUAUAAUCAAGUUGGUGGAUUGUGUACACUUUGUUUCCUUGAACAGGUUGACAACUUGAUCAAUCAAAAUCAUUUAUUCAAGCGGAGCAUCAUAUUGGUAAAGGCAUGGUGUUUUUAUGAGAGUCGUAUUCUUGGAGCUCACCAUGGUCUUAUAUCUACUUACGCAUUGGAGACCCUGGUUCUGUACAUUUUUCACGUGUUCAACAACUGUUUUACUGGACCACUCGAGGUAUUAUACCGUUUCUUAGAAUUCUUUAGCAACUUUGAUUGGGAGAAAUUUUGUUUAAGUUUGUGGGGCCCGGUUCCUAUAAGUUCACUUCCAGAUAUGACUGCAGCGGACCCCCCACGGACGGACACUGAUGAAUUGUUGCUGAGCAAGUCCUUCCUGGAUAGAUGCAAUCAUUUAUAUGGAGUUAUGCCUCGCACCCAGGAGAACCAGGGUCAACCAUUUGUUUCAAAGCACUUCAAUGUUAUUGAUCCAUUACGAAUAAACAAUAACCUUGGAAGAAGUGUCAGUAAAGGCAAUUACUUUAGAAUACGCAGUGCCUUUUCUUUUGGGGCAAAAAGGCUGGCAAAGUUACUUGAAUGUCCAACCGAAGAUCUAAUUGCUGAAGUAAACCAGUUCUUUACAAAUACAUUGACAAGACAUGGGGGUGGCAUUCGUCCUGAUGCGCCUACACAAAAUUUGUUUCCUGAACAUGCUCUGAAGAUUGUCCCCGCUGAAGCGUCAAACAGCUACGGAAGUGCAACAAUGACCAAGAAUAAGAUUGAAAAAGUUAAACUUCGAGCUAAUCAGGACAAUCGCACUGAAGGCUCUCGCUGUUAUCCUGAACAUAUUUCUCAACCACCUCAGAGAAGUGAUCUACGCUCUCGAAAUUCGCCAAGGACAGCUAAUCCUUCAGCUUCUCAUGCACAACACCAAAAAGUUUAUGCGACAAAACCCAGCACCAAGGUCUCUGAACAGCUUGAAAGAAACAGGUCUGGUGGGUCGAUGCCAAGUGAAAGGGGUGGAAGAAUGCCAAAUGCUCUUGUUGUUAAUGGCCGGAGUGGGCAAAAUGUGUCCCCUUUUGCAAGAACCCAGUCUAGUCCUGAACUGACAGACCCUUCUGUUGAAGGAUUUUCUCGUGGAAGGCGAACUAGAGUGGUUGAAAUGGAGAAAUCUGUCAAGACUGAUUACAAUAGCAGAAGGAAUAACUUGGUUCCAGAAGUGCCUAGCAACCACAGCACUAAGUCUUCACAGGAUGAGUCAAUAUCAUCCAUGAACAGUUCAUCUCAUCCUAGCGCAAAAGCAGCUUCAGACUCGAAUAGUGUUUCAAGCAGCUAUCACGAAGAUAAUGGUUUCAUGAUUAACGAAGAACUUCCUUCUGUCUCUGAGACAUCAGAGAUGCAGCAUGAGGAAAAUGUUCUAGCUAAUCUAAUGGCAUCAGCAAAGUUGCAUGGCUUCAACGGACAGGUUCAAUUGCCAAUGCAAUUACAUCCUCAUAUGUUACUGCCUCCAGCACCUUUUCCUCAAAAAACUUUUCCGGGGAUUCCACCAACUAACUUAAUUGGUAAUCAGUGGUUGCACAACAUGCAGUUUCUUCAAGGAUUUGUUCCACCACCUAUGACCCAUUAUACUUACAACCCUAAUUUUGCACCAAACACUGAGGAUGGUAAUGAGAGUGAAAAAAGUACUGCAUCAGAUCCAAAUCUUGAUCCUGCCAAUAGUCAGUAUGAGCAUGAUUUUCGGUCAUCAAGAAAUAUUAACCAUGAAGGAAGGGAUCGACAUGUGCAUCGUUUUGAUGGCAAGAACCGUUCCUCUUCACCUAAUGGCGUAUCUGGUGCCCCCUUGGAAAGGCAGAUGGAAUAUACUGUUGAGGAUAGUGGAGCAGUAGAAGAAAACUAUACCAACAUGUUUCAAAAUCAAAUAAGUAGAGAAGCUGGUAGAAAUGUCCCCAUGAGUAGUGGAAAUUUGAGAACGACUUCACAACCCAGUUCUUCUAAAAGCAAAGCACUGUCAGAGAGUUCAUGGGAUGAAAUAGCUGUUAAGUCAUCGCGACCUUCGAGGGACAAAUGGGAAAAAAAGCCUACCUUUCCAACCCCUACCACAACCGCACUUAGCAUAAGUAAGACUGGUUGGCAGACAGGAAAUACCACUGACCAUAUGCCAACAGAAGUUGAUGAAGGAGCCACGAAUGGGGGUGUAUUACCAAUCAUUAGACAUGAAGCUUCUGACAUAGUAAUAGGGUCUGUCUCGUCGGAGCCAUCAAGAACUGGUCAAGUACGGAAUGAGCUUAACACAUCAUGGAUGCAUAAUCCAAUGUUUGCACCUUUUCUUAUUGGUUCCCCUCAGCAGAGGCAAGCUGAUAACUCCGGACUGACUUUCGUCCCAACAGGUCCACCAGUUCCUUUUCUUGUGUUUCCAUAUGUUCCUGGCAGUAGAGAUGGAUCUGUCCCGCAGUUUGAGGGGAAUGAAGGAAUCGACCAAUUUCCUGUCAGUGUUGCUAUACAAAAUUUUAGUUCACUCAGUGAUGUUCACCAGCCUGAUACCAAUGCUACCUCAGCGGCAUCAUCCAGUACGGUAGCUAAUCAAUCUUAUGAGCACAAGCCUGACAUUUUGAACAGCGAUAUUGAUGGCCACUGGAAGAAUUUACAAUAUGGACGGUUUUGUCAAGAUGCACGGCCCAUGGGUCCUGUAUUAUACCCUUUUGCAGUGCCUCCAGGGUACAUGCAGGGUCCAUGGGAUGGGCCUGGAAGACCACCUUCGCCGAAUGUCAACUGGGCACCGAUGGUGGGUCCUGGCCAGCGACCCUUUCCUGUGAUGCCUCUACAGUCCGCUUCAGAAAGAAUUACCGGUGUUCCUCCACACUAUGGAGAGCAUGCAUCCAGAUACCGUGGUGGAACAGGAACCUACUUGCCAAAUCCUAAGGUUCCAUUUAGGGACCGAGAGCGACACCCAAGUUCAAGAUACUACAGAGGAGGUUAUAAUAGUGAUAAGGGUGACAAUAGUGAUAAAGAAGGAAGUUGGCCAAACCCAAGACAACGAAAUACAGGCCGCAACUAUGGACGUAGCCAACCAGAGAGGUACGGCAUGAGGUCUGAUAGGCAGACAGCAGAUGAAGGUCAGUUUGACAGGCAGCGGAGAUCCCAUAGAAAUGACUCACACAGGCAUGAGGCAGGUGCUCAAUAUCUGGUACAGGGCCAAUCUAUUGGAUCUACAAACUCUACUCGCAAACCAGGGAACAUUGCACAUGCACAUGAGGUUUACUCAUCACCAUAUACAGCUCCAAAUGGUGCUGGUGCUUCAGAUUCACAGUAUUUAAUGGUUUACCCAUACGAACCAGGUCUAAAUCAUGGUUCUUCCUCUGAACAGCUUGAGUUUGGCUCACUGGGGCCGAUCCCUAUGACAGAUGAUGGUGAUCUACCACACCCCACUCGCCAUUUAAUGGCUAAUGGCUUUUAUGGGCAAAGACAUCCUGCAUUUAGGGUUGAUUCCUCUCAUUCAUCUCCUGAUCAACCAUCAUCACCUCAACCUCGCAGGUAGCUCGAAGGAUACGGUAGCCUGGCUCUGACACUGAAUCCGUGCAUAUCUGUCAGUUAUAUGUAGCUCUGGUGCCUGUCCUACACGAGUGCAUAUUGUUGGACCAUCUGGUGCCCAGAUUGCGCAUGCGGCUUUUAGCCGGUAAGCAGCUGGUGUUCGAAUGGUUACCAAUAUUUAGUUCCGUCCAAAGACACAUCAGUCACCAGCAGGUUAUGUUUAUCUAUCUACCAUGCU